AUGCUAUUUGUUCUGCUUCCUGUUAUCCAUCUUGCCAUCAGCUUGGGCCUUUUAACCUUAACCUUGAAUGGUUGUUGCCGGGGACAAAACACCGCGUUAAAUAGUGAGAAAACGAGGGAACGGGAACUGAUCGUAUUUUAGCUCCGCCGAGCAACGACUCCGUGCCUCAGAGGACGUCGAUAAUAAACAUUCAAACAUCUGAACCCACUCCGAAAUCGAGUGCGGAGCCGGAUAAGUCGGUCGUUAGAAGUGAUGAGAAAAAAGGAGAGGAGAAAGAGGUAGGUCUGGGGGAUCUGUUGUGGGUAGUAGUGAGAAGCCUAAGUUGUCACAGCCUUUUAAUUUUGGAAAAACAUUUUUUCCUCAUUUUGUAAUGGAGAAUAUAAAAAAUUAUGCGAUUUUCGGCUUUCAAGAGGUGUUGGGAUUUGAGACUGCUUCUCGCUGACAUCAAAUCAUUUGUAGAACGGAGCGUUAAAACAUUUUUACUAGUAAGAACUUGAUUACUUUUAAAAGCGGCCCAUGGCAUUCUGUACUUUUGGGACACAACCUAUCUCCGCGACUUCUUCUAUUUUUUCAGAAUGCGCUUUCUUUCUCCCCAUAUCUCGCUAGUCGUUUGAGCUAGAAGGCUAAAAUUUGGUACGGCAGUAGAGUAAAAAGCCGGCUUUCAGAAAAUAUAAAUAUUGUAAGGAACCCCAAUCGCAUAAACUUCGCAAUGACGAUUGAAAAAAUUUCAUUUUUAACACUUCUGCAAUCCAAAAGUUCAAGUUGCAUGAUCGUAUUGACAAAUUUUUUGGUCUAUGUGUGUUAAAUUCGAUUUUUAACAAGAUAGUCAAAUCCCGUCAUAUUCUAUGUGCUACGAGCUGAGUUAUGAUUAACAUCACAGUGCGCGGCCCUUGCUUCAGAAUGCCAAAAAACUUGCAAAAAUUACAUUUUGAAUUUUUAGCUUCACUUUGAGGCCUCAAAUUGGAGCAAAUUUGAGAACUUUAUGGGGGUUUUUAUUGCAAGAGAGUUUAGGGUUGUUUUCAGCCCAGUAAAAGAGAUGUAGAUGAUGUCCCGAUAAGGACUUCCAAGAAGAAGGGCCUCCAGACAGCGAUCAAGAAAUUUCAGCCAAUCGAACCCACUGAGAGAAUAUCCAUGCAUGGAUCGGAUGUGGACACUCAGGAGACCCAGUAAGCACCACUUUGACCAAUUUUAAGGCUCAUAAAAUGUUGAUUUUUUGUCAAAAAUGGGGGUUUUUAAUGUUGUCCAUGCUUAUUUUACUUAAUUUUAUUUGCAGAGGCCUCGAAUCAUCGCAAGUUCCUACAAUCAGGACGGCCAGAAGUUCUCGGAGAUCUAUGAAAGUAAUUGUUUUUAUUUUUUGAAGUAAUCGAACUGUAUUUUCAGAGGAGAAAUAAUGGAAAAUUGAAAAGUCUCGAGGCCACCCAAUCCCAGAAAUAA